GGCGGCGUCGGAACGGGGAAACUGGUCCCUGGGGGGGCGCCUCGCCCUGCUCCGCGUCCCCUUGCGCUGGGCAAGGCGCGGAGGGCAGCGCGAUCGGCUCGGGGAGGCCCCAAACACCGCAGGAAGCCGAGCGCUGCCCGGCGCCGGGAUGCGCCCCGCCGGCGGUAAGGGGGCCGCCCGCCGCGCUCCUAACGCCUGCCGCCUGCUGGGCCGCAGGGCCCACGGCUUCUACGCCAGGGACGCGGGGGUCGCCCUGAGGAAGAACAUGGGGCUGCUCAGGAGCCUGGUCUGCCAGGGAAGUACUACAUUCAAGAAUGUUUGGACGACUCAUUCUGCAUCUCCUAUUGCUUAUGAAAGAGGAAGAAUUUACUUAGACAACUACCAGUGCUGUAUUAGCAGCAUUGCCCAAGAGCCAAGAAUACUUUAUCAAAAGCCAAAGUGUUCUAAGUCGGAAAAAAUAGAAGAUGCUUUAUUAUUGGAAUGCCCACUGGGGGAAAUGCUUCCAAAUCCAUCAGACUAUAAAUCUUCCCUCAUAGUCUUGACAGCACAGAACUGGCUUCUGCGUCUCUCUGCUGACAGUGGGGAAAUACUGGAAAAAAUAUACCUUGCGGGCUGUGGCUGCAAAUUCAGGUACCUCAGCUGGGAUACUCCUCAAGAGGUAAUGGUUAUAAAGUCAGCUCAGAAUAAGCUGCCUGCAGUAUCACGGCAGGCAGGUAUUCAACAGUCUGUACUAUUCCAUCUUGCUGUAUUCCAAGUAUUACCCCUUUCAUUUGUUGGAAUGCUAGAAAUAAACAAAAAGAUAUUUGGUAAUAGUGUUACAGAUGUUGAUGUUUCUAAUGGAAUCCUUAUUGUAAUGUAUAGCAUGGGUCUGGUCAGGCUCUAUAACUUCCAGGCCAUCACUGAACAGUUCAUGGAACAGCCGUUUGAUUUGGGAUGUGAAUUCAACUGGAAUGGUCAAGUGGGAGUUGUAGGAAAGUAUCCAUUUGGUCUUCCGUGUAACAUUAAAAUAACAGAUACCCCACCUUUGCUAUUUGAAGCAUCUUCUCUGGAGAAUGCAUUUCAAAUCGGAGGUUACCCAUGGCAUUAUAUCAUCACACCUAACAAGAAGAAACACAAAGGAGUCUUCUAUAUUUGUUCUCUGAAAGACAAUGCUUUGGCAAAAAAUGGCAUACAGGAUAUGAAAUGCUGUUCACUGGAACCUGAUUGGAUAUAUUUCCAUCCAGAUAUGUCGGGCAGAAUAAUCCAUGUGGGACCAAAUUUGAUUAAAGUCUUGAAGCUUAAGGAGGUUGAAAGUAAUACAGACCAAACAGAAAUUUCAGAAGACUUUAUAAUAGUGGCCAACAGAGAAGAAAGCUGUGUGAACAGCUCUGUUACUGUAACAGCUUCUGGUCGAGUGGUGAAAAAGCGUUAUAACUUGCUGGAUGAUGACCCAGAACAAGAGACAUUCAAAAUUGUAGACUAUGAAGAUGAAUUGGAUUUAUUAUCUACUGUGGCAGUUACUCAAAUAGGAGCUGAUGGAAGAGCUCACCUCGACUUACACUGUAACGAGCAGGGGAUUCUACUUAAGAGUAUUCCAUUACUGGAAUCCUGGGAUGUGGUUCAUGAAGGUUCAGUCUGAGCCAAAGCUACCAUGAGUGCAGCAUGUCUGAUACAUGAAAGUUCCAUGUCGUAUGCUCAUUAAAAAUACAAAUGAACAAACAAAAAACAAGCAACCCCCAAGCUGUAGAUUUUGUGGUCACAAAGUAUGACCAUGCAAAUGACCAGGCGAACUGACCAGAUGCAAGUCAAAGAUGUCCUCUGGGAGACCUAAGAUGGUAAUAAACAACAGUGGAAAUACAGAGCAGCAGCAGCAACACUCUACUUGCACACUAACUUAAGAAAGUAUUCACUUAAUAGCCAGGAAAAGGCACUUGUCUAUUACACUACUAUGUAAGUAUCAGGGAGACAAGAGGGCAGAAAUUAACAUGAAUCUGUAGGAUCCAGUACUUAAGCAGAAUUUUCUGUUCUGAGUGUGUAUGGAUUAUUUAUUUGUAACUAAAUUCCUUUCACUAGGAAUCUGUCACAUCAGUCAAUGAUAACAAAUCUAAACUACUUUACCAUGGACAAGAAAAAAAAUAGCCUAACUGAAAAGUAAGGCUAUAAAUACAAUUCCUUAAUUAUAGAAGCAAUACAAAGGAAACAACUGCUUUCUUUUUUCAGAUACUCAAAAGUCACAACAACAGUAAAGGAAAACAGAGGUGCAUUAGUAUAUAAACAAGAAAAAAUAUUUUCCUCUUCUGUUGUUUUCAAUCUGUGUUCUUGGCGAAGCAUAACACUCUGCCUUUGUACUCCCUGUUGUCCUCUGUCCUUACUCUGCAAUCUUACCAACAACUAAUGACCAGAAGUUGACCAGUUGGAGAAGAAUGCUACAGAGCUGUUUUUCAUGAUACUCCUCAUCUCUUUUCUCAUCGCUAUUUUUGAUGUAUGCAAAUUGUUUUAUAUAGCUAGUAACACAACUGAUGAAAUUUUACUGUACUGUUGACAAGUUGGGUAUCUUUAUUAAUAAAGAACUACUACAUGAAAACAAGCUGAUAAGACUUAAAAGAUACUUAGUAAGGAAAAGUACAGUUGCCAGAUGGUUGUGAAUCAUCUGUUUGGGGCCAGAGUAGAUGGAGUGAAGCAGAAACACUGAAGCUAUUUAACAGCUGAUUUAUUUCAAGAAAGGCGUCGUAAUCAUUUUGCUAGCCUUCACAAGAACCACACAGAGAACCACGCAUGGGAGAAUGCAGAGAAUUUUAUGGGAGAUUUUUGCAGUUAAUGACUAUACCAAACCCACUACCAACAUGUGAUGUUUUUGACAUUUUCAUGACGUACAUGUAGUUUUCCGUAUUGGUAUUUCAUGAUCAUUUUUGUUUGAAUUGUUAAAACAGUUAUUCCCAGAGCAAGACAUUUACACUUCAUUAGAGGAUUGUUUAUUAAGUGGUGCAUGUUCUGUUCAUGAAGAUCAGCUUAAGCUUUCAAGAUUCUGCUGUGCUUUCUAGUGACUUAUUUUGAAGCUACUGUGGACUUGUAAUUGCAUGUUAAAUCAACAGUUGUACGUAGGUGUCCAUCUAUUGAAAAAUGCAGCAAUUUAUAGUGAACAAAAGUCAGCCUAGACUUUGAUGAAGAAGAUUAUGGGCUUUGUGUAAGAAACAAUCACUCUCUAUACACAGUAUGUUGCUAAACUACACAUAAUGGCAGAUGUUCCAUCAUGGAAGGUCACACCUAGAUGUUUUCAUUCAGAAACAGGAGAGAUGUUUCCGUUCAAUUUAAAACACCUAAGUUAUUUAAGAAUUGAGAAUCCGGAACACCUAGCCCUGAAUACUUUCAUGCAUAUACUCACAGCCCUACUUAGAAAUGGGCUGGGACACACCAGAGAAUCUGAAUCAGUGAAUACUUAUGCAUUAUGCUUUUCAAGUUGUGAACAGUAGUGUUGACUUCUGUACCUAUGCGAAGCCCCAGAACAUUCUAAAACUAAACUUUUAUUUAAAAGGGAUGAAAAUCCUGACCACAAACCUAUAGAUUUUUACAUUGCAAAAAAUAACCCUAUAUCUGAACCAAACACAAGUAUCUGCAUGCUUGUUGGCAGUCCACCCGAAUCAACUUUUUAUUUCAAAUUAAAGCCUGAAACAAAAUCAAUCCAGCAGAAAAAGGUAGUACCUUUCUUUGCCAGGAGAUUUUAUAUGUAAGACACCUAAGCAUUUUUAGUCAUGGCUGCUGGCAGAGCUGUGCUACUACGUUGUGUCAAAUUGAUACAAAAUCUGAAUAAAGGCAUUAGAUCUGACCUGUAGAACUAUGCUUUCAUGUCCAUAUAAGAGGAAUGUAGAGAACUUUUCUCUUUUUUCUAAUGUAAACUAGGUUACUUAAAAGUCUGUUACACAAUCUGAAUAAUUCAGUAUAUUUAAGAGUGUCAGUAUUUGUAAAGUUGAGAAAUUCUGAGAAUGCUAUUGUGGUUUCAAUUACAGAGAUAAAAAAAAUAUUCUUGCCCAUCAUAAUUAUCUCUGCAAGCACCAAAACGUGACAUUAGUACCAAAAAAAAAAAAGAAAUAAGAAACAAAAUUGCUCUAAAAAAAAAAAAAAGGAAUAAAUUCUUCAAUAUAUUUUGUUUCCAAUCUAUAGAUUCAGAAAUUAAAAUAAAUAAAAUAUAUAUAAAAAUAAAUUAGAUAUAUAUAUAUAUAUAUCCUUCACAGGCAGUAGCUGACUGCUUUAUUAUCAGGAAACCCAUUUACAGUUAGUUUUUUGAUUUACAAAAAAAAUUGGACUAAGGAACUAUUCAUGUGAAAUUCUGAGUUCCCUUACUUUGUUUUUCAGUGAGUGCUUAUGACUCAUGCAGUGGCUUCCAGAGUCUGUAGAAAAGGCCUCCAGUAAUUAGAUCAAAUACAAUCAAAAGAAACUGGACCGAGUACAUACUUUAAAAGAUUGAAGCUGAAAAGCUCACACUUCCAUUAUUUUCACUAGCAGUAGAUGCACAAGAAAAAAAAUAUAUAUAUGUAUGUAUACAAAAAAGGUAAACAUAUACAUAUGAACUGUUAACCCAAGUAGAGAUUCUCAAAUGUAUAUUUCAAACAUAAAAUUGACAGGACCUUAAGCCAUUCUUGCCAAUGUUCCCAAUCAGGGAAUCGCAGACGCGUUCUGCAUUUUCUAGGUUUCUUUUUCUUCUCUUCUGGAUAUGUCCUGUUACUUCAACAGCAGAGUUUCUUGUUCAUCUUAUUCUCAUUUUGCCUUUAUUUUGCUCUUGUCAUUGAGAAAAAAUACCUUCUUAUUACUUAACAGUAACUGAAGAUCACUGAAAACUCACCAACAAAAAACUUUUUUGUUUUCCUUCUGGAACUGUGAGAGCUAUCGCACAUGAUGGAAAAGCUUAUGAACAAAUUAAUUUGCUUCCCAGUUAUGAUAGAGGUUGCUAUUAGGAAUAUCUGGUAGAAAGAUAUACCACCUGCAUAGAGUGGUAUGUAGAGGGACUGGGUGUUUUCUUAAAUACCAGUUGUGAGGGACUGAUGUUACCCAAUUAAAGCAAAGUUCUCUGGGCAUUCUGUAACUAAACAGGUUAGGGACUCAUGAAUUCAUUUGGGGUUUCCCUUAAGGUUGCUUUAUUCCUACUUUCUGCUGCAGCCAGUAUGUAUAAAACCUAAAUGAUAUGAGCAAAAAGGGGAAAUAGUCAAAAUGUGACUUCCUAAGGCUGAGCCAUACAAAAAAAAACAAAAACAUAUAUAUAGGGCAGUGACUGAGUUCUUUUCUUUACAACUGUCAAGUAUUGCCACUGUCAGAAGUACAGUAUCUUUAAAGGACUUUUUUUUUUUUUUUUUGGAUAAGGUGUGUGAACUGAUCUAAUAUAUGUGUAUUAUGUGUAAUAUAUGUAUAUAUGUCUCACUAAUAAAAAACACAUGGCAUA